AUGGUACAGGUAACCCACCAGACAGGAAGCAACAAUGCUGUUGUCCAGAACAAGGAGAACAAAGUGUCCAGUCUGCAAAGGCCUCUUCACGAAAGAGAAACAGCUUGGGUGGCUGGUGUGCCGGGAGAGCCUCCCGGUAGAACUUUGCAUCAGCCUUGUGUUCGAGACCAGUUCACCCAAUCAAAUCAACAAAUGAGGUAUGGUGCCAACUUUCCUGUCAACAAUCAGUGCAGCAGUGUUAAAGUGGAGCGCUCUCACACAGAGAGACCGGUUAACGGACCACACUACACCCGAGAAGGUGCCGCCACUGACAUGCCACAGGAAAUUACGUGGCCUGCUGUCAACCAGUAUACCUAUUACAACAGGCAGUACAAUAGUGCAAUAGACUUCACCAGUGAUCACAUCUCUAACAAUGGAGCCUUCAUCUUUGAUCAUCAGCAGAAUGAAAGUAGCGGAUCCUCUCAGCCAGGACAAGAAGGUUCACAUUGUUCCGCUAAUCCUGCUCCAGCAAACGCAUCCGUCAGUGCAUCUCCUAUACGGGACGUCCACGUCAGUGCGAUGCUGAGGCAAAUCAGAAGAGCACUGGGUGUGAGGGAGCCGUGUAGAGCGGACCGUGAAGCCAGGAAGCAGAGCAGUGACGCAGGCACCCAGGUGGCUGAUCGUAGCACCACACAGCAGGCUGGGACUGAGAAAGAGCACCCGCCAGGUGCUGCAGCUACAUCUGUGCAAUAUCUUCAGGUCGGCAGCCCCGCGCCUGCAGCCCAUUCUGGUGUUUAUCCUUCCAAUAUUACUCCUGCUAAAUCAAAACAGACAACCAUCAAAAUGACACAAGAAACGAAUCAGAGGUUAGGUGUUGUGCAUGGACUGACAAAAAGCAGAGAAAGAGAAUCACAGGAGGCCCUCGACAGCCCAGCGUCAACUCACUCGAGCAAGACGACAUCCAAUGAGCCCAACCUGAAUCUCGGCCACAGGAUUCGUAUUGCCCAUGAAUCAGGCAAAACUCAGGGGGGGAAGGAGGCCAGACUUAAACCAACCCUGAACAAUUUGCUCGCCUUAUCAGGAGCCAAGAGUAAGCUGAGCUUGAGGGAGAUGUACAAUGAAAUGCAGAGGAAGAACCGGGACAAGGUCAAAGGCAUGCCCAGGUUUGGAAUCGUGUUGGCGAACCCUCCGACUGACCAAGAAAGCUCAACACAACCACAGGACAUUGACUUGCCUCUGUCUGAGGGCUUCCACUGGGAAUCGAUUCCAGGCUGUCCUUCAGUGCCAAACUUGACAUUACCCCCUCCUCCCCAGGAGAUGACAGAUACUGCUGACUCCCACAAGGAGAUACAGUCAGGUUCUCGGAUGCAGGAGCCUGCUACUCCACAGCAGGGUGGGAGCUGUCACCCAGUUACAGCAGAAUAUGUGAAAAAGGAACCAAACCUAGAGGAUGAGAAUGGAGGUUUGAGAGACAACAGUAGUGGCAACAAAAGGAGACACAACACAGAUGAUGGUAUUUUUGACAAGGAGUCGAGUGGAAAAAAGAAGAGAACAAAGUCAAACAAGGACCAGGAUCAGAUGGACCAGCUGUUGGCGGUGUCUCUGAGGGAGGACGAGCUGAGCCAUUCGCUACAGGAUUUGGACAAAUCUCUGGUCCAGGCUCGCAACGCCCUGCAAGCCGCCUACACAGAAGUCCAAAGACUCCUGCUGUUGAAACAGCAGUUCACUGCUGAGGUCAACAGUCUGAGAGCCAGGCGCAUUGAGAUCCUGCAGGGGAUGCAAGAGGGGUACUCGGGAUCAUCUAAUGUAGCAGAGAAAGCCACCACCUCUUCAGCACGGGUCGUUACAGCUGUGCAACCAGGACAACCUCCCCUUCCUUCUUCUCGUGCCUUCACAACGUCCUCCAGCCAGCAAACACCGGCCACAACCUCAGCGUCUUCUGUCAACCAACCUCACCUGAUCCCCCUCUGUCUUCCGCCCACAGCUGCACAGGCCAGUCAGUUUGUCUCCUCUAACACUGUCGCACCUCACGCAGCCCUGAAUCAACCUGUGCCCUUGUUUCCACCUGAUCUGCUCUCCACACUGCUGCUCAGACCACCACACUUAGCUUCAUAUGCCGUUCAGAAGGAGCAAAAGACAAAGGAGGGGUUAAAGGACUGUGUAAAGACAGUGAGGUUAGCAGAGGAGGUAGCGCAGACAGUUGACAGUGACUCUGAGGAAGAGACGGGAGGAAAUCUUCGCAAGGAACAAGGAAGAGAGUCUGCAGCAGAGGAGCGUGUUCAAAAUUCAUCAGCUGCCGCAUCAGCUGCCGACAACGGGAACGAGAGCGAUGACUCCGUUGAAAUGAUAGAGACCUCUAACCUAGUUGUUAUUGACAUUGACGAGUCGGACAAUGAGGACUCACCUGAGAUCGUCUCCAAUACUCCAGUUCACCCCGAGCCUCCUCAGCAGUCUGCCAGCGUGGAGUUGACUUCUGCAAGCAAACUGACGUCUCAGCAGAACGACACUGACAGAAAAGUUCAGCCUCCUUUGCCAGUCGAAAAUGCCAACGCUCCCGCAGAGUCUGUUGAGGAUGAAGAGUCGUCCUUAGGAGCCUUUAUGAAUCACGCCGGCCCCGUCCACGGCCUGCAAGUCCACCAGGGCCUGUUGUACACUUGUUCAGGGGACAACACAGCAAGAGCCUACAGUCUGACGAACAGGGAGUGCCAAGCCGUGUUUGAGGGUCACAGAAACAAAAUCAACUGUCUGCUGGUGUCGUCCCUCCCGAACAUGCAGGCACGCCUCUACACCGGAUCAAGUGACGAGACCAUCCGCUGUUACAGCAUAAAGUCUAAGAAGUGUCUGGAGCAGAUUUCUUUGCCAGACAGAGUGUUGUGUUUGCACAUAGCCUGGAAUAUUUUGUACGCCGGGCUCGCCAAUGGAGCAGUUGCUAGCUAUGACUUAAAGACUAUGAAGCAGCUGGAUGUGUUUGAGUGCCACGGCCCACGAGGGGUGAGCUGUCUGAGCACGGCGCAGGAGGGCGCCCGCCGGGUGCUCCUGGUCGGCUCCUACGACAGCACCAUCAGCGUACGAGACGCCAAGAGCGGCCUGCUGCUGCGCUCACUGCAGGGCCACACCAAAACUGUGCUCUGCAUGAAGGUUGUGAACGACCUGGUGUUCAGCGGCUCUAGUGACACAACUGUUCAUGCCCACAACAUCCAUACGGGUGAGUUGGUUCGUAUCUACAAGGGUCACAGUCACGCCGUCACCUCAAUCGUCAUCUUGGGGAAAGUGAUGGUGACAGCCUGUCUGGAUAAGCUGGUCCGAGUUUAUGAGCUCCAGUCCCAUGACCGCCUGCAGGUGUACGGGGGUCACAGCGAUAUGGUGAUGUGCAUGGCUGUUCAUAAGAGUGUGAUCUACACAGGCUGUUACGACGGCAGCGUUCAAGCAGUGAAGCUCAACUUGAUGAAGAACCACCGCUGCUGGUGGCAGAACUGCUCUCUAAUAUUCGGCAUGGCGGAGCAUCUUGUGCAGCACCUUGUUGGAGAUCACAGCAACCGGAAUCUGCAGACGGUCAAAUGUCGCUGGAGAAGCUGCGACACUUUUUUCGCCACGCAACAGUUAGUUCGGCAGAAGCUGCCUGAACACAUGCAGAGCCACGUGGAGAAUGACAGUAAGAUUGAGCCGUGACUGGGAUGGAGGUAAUGUGAUGCAGCAGAUCAGGAUGGAGUUUCAUCCAUUACAACAUAAAAGCUUACUUUUUUAUUUCCAAGUUGUUUCAGCGUCGUCUGUUUUGCGGACACUCGGUUUCUGUUCGUUUUUCCCUGUGCGCGUCUGAGUCUCUGAUGACGUCUCUUUUGGUCUUGUGCGUACUGUAUCACCUCCGCGCUCUCUGAACUGUGACAGUGAGACAAGAGCGGCUGCUUGUUAUCGAUCCCCUGAAGCUGUUGUUGCCAUCUCAGUUUGUUUUUUUUGUUUUUUUUUUUUUGCUGGUUAUACUUCGUGUUUGUGUUUUUUUAAAGCGACUGAAACGUUCUGUGUCAAACCGCAAAAAAAGACACAUUUGUGCUUUUGCUCGACACCAUUCUGUGCCUCAUUCAGUCUCUAAUGAACAUACACGAUGUUGUCCUGUUUAGAGGAUCAGUUUCAUUAUUUACAGCCAUCUGUUUGCUUUCAGUUCAAAGUAAUUAGGCUUUACUUGAUGGCUAAAAUAAUUCAUUACUACUACUUCUACUUCUUUGGCAUCAUUUGAUCGACAUGUUUUUUUUUUUGUUGUCACUGUGAACACACGACCUGGCAAUGUCAUAUGUAAAGCUAAUCAUUCAGAGCAUUUCUACAACUAUGCAGCACUCAUAGAAACACCUGAGAGUAGUUUUUGUGAAGCAGCUGAUGCUGUAAAUUGCCUUUAAAAUCCAUCUUGUUCUUCAGCUGUGUAUUGAUGAGUGGCUCUAAAUUGGAGGUUGCAGGUUGUAGUCUCGUCCGAGUCUUUUUAGGUAAAAGCAAAAGAAGGAAUGCCGCUUAAGCGUCUUUCUCGAGUGACCUUAGAGUGUGCGAUACCAUGCAUCUGCACACUUGAGAGUCAUUGUAAAGGUCUUUUUUUGGAUGACUCUGUUAUUCCGGAUUAUUAUCACUUGACCUUUGAAAAUGAUUCGUCAAGACUAAUGUUUGGUUAUUAAAACAUUUUGCAUAAUGUAAUAUAUAAGUUAUCGUUAUUAUUAUUAUUUCAUAACAUUUACAUUUUCACGUUUCCGAGAGAUUUAUUGUAGGAAAUGUCCUAAUUCCCAGACGUCACUUUGGACAACACAUUUUUGAAAACUCUCUGGAUAAUGAAAAAAAGCAGUGAAACUGGUCAGACCAAAUUGUCCAGAGAUUAACUUGUAUGAUGCUGUAUUAAGUUAUCUUAAGUUAUUUUUUUU